UGCCCGAUUUGGCCAGCUUCUAUUGCGUCGAUGGCCCCGUCGAGAAUCUGGAGAGUCUUGCGGCAGAACUCAACCAGCAGGAUCUGGUCGAAGCAGCGUAUAUCACCCCCCCCCCAUCUCUACCGCUGCUUUUGCAAGCGGUGGCGGCCGCGGCAUGAGGUCCGUUAAACUAGUCCAGGAGAAUGGCCAACUUGUCCAAAACUACGACAUGAUAUUCCGCGAGCUGUUCUGCAUAGCUGCGUCAACCCUGUCGUACAGGUUGGGCGAGGUCCUCGCCAAUGCUGGGGCACUUUGGUACGAGAUUUUUGUCACAGGCACUGCCGGUGAACCACGGCCGCUCACCAGGCUUGGGACCACCGUCAACAGGAUUGUCAGCCCUAAUGGCACGGAUGUCAGCAUGCAGUCAAAGGCCGGAGACGCCCAAGCCCGACACGAUCUGCUCGAAACGGGGGUAAGGCAAAGCCAGGACCUGAUCGGCCGGGGUUGCCUGCUGGUCUUGGUGCGGCACCUUAGUGCACCUCGUGAGAUAGCCAGGUUAGAAGCUUCCGGGUUCCGGUUCGCCGAGCCACGCCGUGUCGUCGACAUCAUCCGAUCGAGCAUGCAAAUUAGGACGAGGCGGCUUGAGGAGAAACUGCUCGACAUGGCCACUUACAAAGAAGAGAAGGCUGAGGUUGAGCCCGGAGUAUACCUCGGCAUCUUUGCUCGACGGGCUCGGCUGGACCGAUUCGGAUUUGACGUGCUGGUCAACAGAGAGUCGCGAAACGCUCUCCCAAUGGUCCCGUUAGGUUUGGAGAAGCUUGAACGAUGGCACCAUGACUUCCUCCGCAGCCUCGACGGGAUGCCCGUUCCCACGCUCCUUCGACAACUGGAGUUUAACAGGGGCCGCUCGCGGCUUGAGGACCAGUUUGCCGCCCAGCUUCGAGGAGGAAUCUCCACCCUGCAGAACGACAUCGACCUCCAAGUGUGCGAAGAGGCGUCGCUUUCGGCCAGGGUCGUCCACAUACCCUGCCGAUCGCAUAGUGGCCCAUCAUCGGGUCCAAACACGUGUCCGCUCAUCACCAUGCAGGUGAUCCUGAACAUCAACGCCACUGUGCGUAGCCAGCGGUGCACGUUUGUGCCGCUUCAGUUACUCAACGUGCACCAGCUGGUACGCAACAACUCGCCACACCACGGCGUGUUCGGACGCACCUUGCACCGCGAGAUGUCCACCCUUCUGUCGUCGCUGCCGGCUGUGUCGGCCGAAAGAUUAGGCAUCGUAGGCGCGUCCCACCACAGCUCGUCAACUCUUCAUGCGUGCAACUGUGGCUCCGGCGGCGGCAAGUCCGACGACGAACUUGGCCUAACCGAGAACCCCUGCAGCGGCUGCGGACAGCCAAGGCAGCUCGAUCCCCCGCGACUUCCCGAUCAACAGCAUGCACAGCAAGCGGCGCUAUCGUCAACAGCACAGCCAUCGCCGUUCGGGGGAAUCAUGGUAUCCAAGGAGAUUAUGGUGGACGUGCAGGAGGCCAACCAGGAGGACGUAACACCUUCCGCCGGGGGGCUACCGUCGCGGCCGAGCUCUGCAGGUGAUGGCCAGCGCAAAGUGGCGGAGCCCCCGAAAAGCAAUGUCUUGACAGAGAAACGUGGCGGCUCGGGGCGAUCAAGGCUGGACCCGUCGAUCGAGAUGAAUCAUCUUACCCGUGCCACGCCGGCCGAGUCGGCAGGCCACGGAAGGAUUGCCGGCGCAUGGAACGUGGAGGCGGCUGGGGAUGAGGAGACAACGUUCCUCGAUGAGCUUUUCGCGACAUGUGUCAAAAGGCGGCCCAUCCUUGAUAACACAACAGCCACACUGCGAUGCAACAUCAGGAACCCUUGACAUCACUUCGAACAAGCAGGAG